AUGGACCCUCCCUCGGAAGCCGAUGACAAUCAGGUGACCGAAUUCCUGCAGCGUAUCCGAGAACUAGACGACAAGAGAGAUCGAGAAGAUGAAGAACGAACCCGGAAACUGGAAGAGGAUAUCCUGGCCCGGCGAGAGGCCAGGCAGAGGUUACGAGAAGAGAGAGCGAGAUCACUGUCACCAGAAAAGAUGAUGCCGAUUGGCACACCGUUGAGCUAUAGGUCAAGAGUAACCGAUGGCAGCCCGAUGGCAGCUCUCCAAGACUCGCCUUUAGCCUCUAGAUCUAAACCAAAACCCCCAUCAACACCUGAACCAACAGCUGCUGAAGCUCGUAACGAUGCCCUUGAAAGGUUAAUGAGUGAUUCGAGACCACUACCAACACCACCGUCUAAACCUCUCACCACUGCAAGCCAUACAUUCACCCCGUCUCCAUCUUCCGUCACAGGGUCGACUCGACGGCCGUUCAAUCAAGCGGGAAAGCCUCUCUCCUGGCAAAGGAGACCCCAAUCAGUAGCUUUCGGAGAACGGGAAAGACCAACUUUUACACAAUCUACUUUUUCGAGAACGAGCAGCGUCGCAGGUGAUGACAAUGAAAGCGAUGCCGGUUCCGAAAUAUCAAGAGAUCAGAUCGCCAAAAACCUCGGUUCCAAAGAUCCAUCCUAUUUUCGACAAACAGCAGACCGAGGUUUCAAAUCUGCAGCUUUACGAAGAGAUGCAGAGGAUAGCUAUAGUGGCGGUGGCGCCAGGAUGGCAUUGCCCGGGAUGUCGGAUAGGACAACUGAGCCACCGAGGCCUCUUUCAUCGUUAUCCAAUGCCAGUGGGACGACGUCAUUCUCUGCACCCCUGACAGAAUUCAAAAGCAUCUCAAAGGCGAAAUCGUUUCUCGAUUCUCUCCCUGAUGACAGACCUUUAAGUGCAGGUGAAUCGAUGCCUUGGAAAACCCCAUCAUAUGCAUCUAAAGCCCAUCAGCAAAUUGAGUCAUCCUUUUCUGGGCUCGGGCCACACGAGGAGGAGGAGAACUCUCUAAUGCCAUCAGCGUAUAUUAUAUCUAAUAGCGGCAGAAACUCCCCAGAAAAGAUGGGAAGACCACCAAGUCCAACGAAGGGACUCGGCGGGUUCGUCCAGAGUGCUAUGUUAAAGCGAGAUGCUUCAGUAAGAAAACCCCCCGUGGGGAACCCAGCGUCAACAUUGUCAAGAUCAGGUAGCAAUGUUUCCGACAAAGAACGGACGACUCCCAUCCGACGAGAGCGUGCCCUUUCUACUUUAUCGAGAGAUGGUACACCAGCACCGGAAGACAAAGAAAUCGAAGAACGUAGAGGAAGGGAGAUGUCACCUGCCGAGUCCGUCGUGUCAACUUCGACUGAUGGUUGGAGGGGUAGAACGGAAGCAACACCACCAACAUCUCCGUCGAAGACGAUGAACCCUCGGAGAUGGAGUCCUACAAAAUCAUCGUGGCUAGAGUCUGCAUUACAGAAGGACAUUGCCCCUGUCAUCGGGUCUCAACCGCCGCUCAUGUUCUCCCCUUCAAGAGAGAGUUCGCAUAGGUCACCUACACGUGACAAAUCAAUCAAAACGGCUCGGGAUGCCGCAGCUAUUCGUGAGGAACGGGCUCGCGCCAGGGCGGCUGCGCACCACGUUCCACGAAAAAUGUCCGUAGAUUCUCAAACUGACCACCCACGCUUCGACUCUAGCAGCUUUUCCAGGCCGACUAUCCAGCCAAGAUCUGCAAUGCUCUCGAAAAGACCCCUUAGUGAAAUUUUCAAUCCUCCACCGGCUUUUGAUUUUGCGGCACCCUUCGAGAAAACAGUUGUGGAAGAAGAACCGGUUGAGGAGGCACCUAAACCAGAGGCUUCUUCUUCUAUUCCUCGCCCGGCCAUUUCUUCGAAGCCCUCUAUUCCGGAAAAACUAGCCAAUGGCACCGAUUCUAAGGAUAAACCGCCUAUUAAGAGCAAACCUGUCUUCGAACGAGGACCAGGCAAAACAAUGACCAUAGAUCCUCGUGCAGCACGUGAAGCCAGCCUCCGAGAACAGCAGCAAGCCAAGAAAGAUGGAGUCCUUGAUUUCCGAUCGAGGCUUUCUCCAACUAAAACGCAAAACUACAAAGCCCCAGACGAACUCAAGGAAACGAUCCUAGCAGGAAAAUCUGCCCUUCAAGAUCGCGGUGGACCCCAGAACUACAGACCACCAAACGAAUUAAAGCAGAAGGUAUUGGCUGCUAAAGCUUCCCUUCAGGAUAGGGGAGGCCCGCAGAACUAUAAAGCGCCAAAUGAGCUUAAAGAAGUGGUCGCAGCCGCUCGUGGCAGUUUGCAAAUGAGCAGCGGACCCCAAAAAUAUCAAGCGCCUGACCCGUUAAAAGAGACAGUCUCCGUCGCUCGCUCACAUCUACGCCCGUCAUCUCCUGUAAAAAACUCCCCUAUUUCCCCCCCAGCGAAGCCGUCGUUUGGGCGUGCUGCAACUAUUCCAGUUAGCUUGGAAGGAAACACCAAUGCACCAUCACGCCGACCAGAUAGUGGUGACGCAGUUUUUGAGGGAAAGGAAAACCCAAUGCCUGCUGUCUCCAAGCAAACUACCGCUCCAGCUAGAAUAGUAAAGUCUGGGGGCAAAUUGGCGGAUCGUUUCAAUCCGGGGCUCGCUGGUAUACUCUCUCGGGGUCCAAUGGGGAUGGGUAAACCUGGUUCCAACAGUGGUUCAUCUUCAACCUCUAAUACAUCGAAACCAGCUUCGAAGGAGUCUGCAGAAGGGCCGCAACUUACCCACAUGACUAAGGGUCGUGCCCGUGGACCAAGGAGGCGCGCCCCUGCCACAGCUUCUUCUUCUUCUUCUUCCUCGGCUGUAAAGGGGCCCAGGAGACAAAGAUCGAGUCUCUCUCCACAUCCCAGAUCUUCCAAUCCUACACGGAGGUCCCUGGGGCAGAAUGGGUUGGGAAAUAGACCAUUGUCUCCAGCUCCUAUCACCCCCCGCAAACCCUCUGCAGUAUCCAUCCAAUAUGAUGACCAGGAAGAGCCACAGAGCUCGGGGGAAAGGAAAGAAAAGCCACCAACCCCUGCUAAAUCGCCGCUGUUGAGGGCCAAAAGCUCAACAUUCAAUAUCCGUGAUAGCCUCCCAAGUCUCAACUCCAAUCCUACUACGCCGAUAACUAAGCCAAGGGCAUCGUUGAAUUCUAAGAGCACAGAUGAAGAGGACCCCGCUGUCAAGCCACUCUUUUUUACUCCCCAGGAACGUGGAACACGCAGAUUGCCUACUCCGCCGUCCGCGAGUGUUACACCGUCACCCGGCGCUUCCCGUCCUCUUCCACAGUUACCUCUCAAACCCAAGCCGUCAACAGACUCUGAAGCGACGGAAACAAUCAUUGCUCCUUCCGUCAAAGACUCUAUCAGUCGAUGGGGGUCUACAAAUUCAACUCCAGACACUACUCCUCAACGCAAAAGUAUGAUCAAGUUACCCACGUACCAGGACGAAGUCGCAGCAAUGGAGAGUUCUAAGGCAUACAGAUCACCGCAAGCUGGUGGAGCUAGUGGUCCAACUCCCUCCCCACUCCGACUCGGUAGCUCGAGAGCUAUAGACGAGAGCAUUCUCAAUGUUGUAGGUAUUGAUGCCGCCAAAUACCUCUCACAGUUCUUCACUGGUCCUGCUACAAACCCUCCCAAGGGUGGAAUUGACGUUACACUAUUGCUCGAGUCAAAACCAAAGCAAAUCAACGAAUCAGUUCAGACCCUCAAAAAGCAAAUGUGGGAAAUCACUGGUAUUAACGGGAAAAAGGACCAUGUUCCAGUCGGUCAGGAGCAUAUAUUGUAUGAAGACGGUCUUUACAUGUGCCUGCAUUCUUAUAUGGAAAACAACGGAAUGAUGGCGUCGGAAGUUUUCCUCUGGAGCGGCGAUAGAGUCUCCCUCGGAACCGUCGAAGAGGCACAACUCUCAGCUCGACGGUUGGCUCGAGAGUACGAUGGAAGAUUGAUCGUCACCCAACAAGGCAAAGAGGUCCCCCGGUUUAUUGAAGCACUCGGCGGGGUUAUAAUCACUCGUCGUGGAUCUAGGGCUCGAAUUCAACAGGACAUCCCCUACAUGCUCUGUUGUCGUAAAGUCGCAGGGGGUAUCGCUUUCGAUGAAGUUGAUAUCCAUUUCACGAACUUGUGCAGCGGGUUCCCCUACAUUAUUUCAACACCUGAUCGACUGUAUCUCUGGAAAGGCAAGGGCGCAUCAAUUAAGGAACUCCGAGCAGCUCAAGUCGCUUCCUUUGAUCUUGCCGGUGACAACGAAGUCAAGCAGAUUGAUGAAGAUAAGGAGCCUGAGUUUUUUGUCGAAAUGAUGGGAGGUGAGCCUGGAGGCCAGGUGCAUGCACAAUACUGGAGUCUCAAGCCCCAGCAUAUGCAAUACGCUAGCCGCGUCUUUUUAGUGGACCACGAGUCACCAAACUCAGCUGUCGAAAUCUACCCCUUUGCGCAAUCCGAUCUUGACCCAACCAACAUUUACAUUAUUGAUGCAUUCUUCGAGCUUUACAUCGUUGUUGGCGAACAAGCACAAGACAAACGUAUCGACUUCCAACAUGCGCUUCUUUUUACCCAGGAAUACAGCAUCAUGGCAGCUUCAAACGAAGAUCGACCAUUUGUCCCGCCUAGUAAUGUUGUCCUCGGGGGCGCGCCAAAAGAACUCAAAGUCGUAUUCAGAAGAUGGGAAGACUCUAAGACCCCAACAGCAUGGCACCCCUCACGAAGUCCUAGUGUCAAGUUAACAAUGGGCUUACGCGAUGCGAUGAGCAUGAUGGAUUUUUGA